UAAAUUAUGGGAAGUACACCAGAUAAGUUUUAUCAGAAAAUAAAACGAGCUGGGCCAUUGAUACAUGCAAAAUAAUUAUCAUCGCCGCUCAGAAAAGCCCAUGACUUUACACAUUUACACAGCUAUCGUCAUGUCAUCAAUAAACUGGUUUCGUAGGCUUCCCUAAUAAUACCCUUUAACCACGACGUAAAGCAGCCAGUCUGUCAAUUGCAAGCCAUUCGAAAUGUUUGAAGCGCAUCGGAAUCGAUCUCUGCUGUUGCUGGUCGUUCUAUCCUUGGCGUUCGCCAGUUGCUCUGGAUCGUGGAACGCCACGAGCUGCGGCCAUCGGUGCGGAGGAGGCGACUGCAUCGAACUGGACCAGCUUUGCGAUGGCAGAGCCGACUGCUUGGAUGCCACCGACGAGACGUCCGCCAUGUGCGAAAAGGUCUGGUGUCCGGGCUAUGGAUUCCGCUGCAGCUACGGAGCGUGCAUAGCCAGCACGGCGGUUUGCGAUGGUGUGCGCGACUGUGUGGACGGAUCGGAUGAGCAGGGAUGGCUGUGCCGGGCUCAAAUGCAGCAGGCCAACUGCGACAACUGGGAGAUGUACUGCUCCUCCGGACAGUGCAUGCCCUACUCCAAGCUUUGCGAUGGCAUCCGAGAUUGCCGGGACGGCGAUGACGAACAGGAGUCUCUUUGCGAAGGUGUCGUCAUACCAACCACAACGGUCAGAUCCACCACCACUGCAGCCAAGGAAAGCGAUGUCAUAAUGAUAACACCCACAUUGACCACGACGAGGAGACCACCAGCCAAUCCUAUUCAGAAGAACGGGGAAUGCGUGAUUCCCCAGCUGCCAAAUGUGAUAGUUAAGCACUUCACCGAUGCAAUCCUUCCAGCGGGAUCAAGAGUAGCCAAUGGCACGCGUAUCUACUACGAGUGCCCAGCGGAACACUCACUCAAAGGAGAGCACCAGAACAUUUGUGAAGACUCUUUGUGGAUUAACAAAUUUCCCUACUGUGAAACACCCACAGCCUUUGUCUUCAGUCUGGUGAUAUCAUUAUUCUCCUUCCUGAUCGUAGUUCUGCUAAUCCUAAUUUGGCGGGUUCGUCGGGAUAAUGACCACAGAAGGGAACGUGAGGAGCACAUUUGGCUGGUGGAGACCAGCACCAAUCGUGCCCAGCAAUCUGACAUACCAAAGGUUUAGGGACUACUUGUAAUCCAGUUAAUAGUUCUCUGAUGCUCUGAGUAUUAAAUGCUUUCAAGUUUUAAAUUGCAACCGUUUUAGUGUUUGAAAAGUCUGUACAAUCAGUGAUCAAAAGCGCUUUAAAGUUUAAAAUUACUCAGAAAUUAGUAAAAUGAAAAGUAAGAUAGGUAAUUGUAAGUUAUAUUUAUGUAUUUUAGUUGUAAGUUUAAUGGAUUAGACAUCCCAUUAAAAUAUAAACGAAUGUUAGAGUAAACCAAGUAGAAUAACAUUUAUAAACCCAUUUACCUUGAUGGGCUUUUUUUUUUUUAAUAACUUACAAUUAUAGUACAGUAAUUCAAAGCGUUUUAAGUUUAAAAUUCUUUAAAAGUAAAAAGUGAAGUUACCAGAUCAAUAAGUAAGAUACAUACAUAUGUACCUGCAAGCCCUAUUACAUAGCUCUAAACUUAAUUUUGUAUUUUGUAUCCCUUAGAACAUCACAUUUUAUACCUCAACAUUUAAGUUAUAAAACACUUUACAUACAAUAAAAAAUUUAAAAAAAAAAUAUA